CAUUCAUCUUUCCAAAGACUGACUGUCGUUACUAGACGCACAUGACCCAUCAUGUCCGACAAACCAGAUUUUGCAGAAAUUGAAACAUUUGACAAGACCAAGCUGAAGAAGACAGAAACCAGAGAGAAAAAUCCAUUGCCCACUAAAGAAACUAUCGAACAGGAAAAGCAAAGUGAAAGUACAGCUUGAGCAUAAAAUUGAAGAUGUGACUGCUGCUUCUUCAGUGGGG